GUAGCAUUACAACGUAACGAUGUUGGUGGUGGCAGUGCGAUGUGAUGUUGGUGGUGAUGGUGGUGGUGAUGUUUGAUGCGACAGAUCGCUUACCAAAUACAACAUCAUAAACAUUAUGGUGGUGGUAAUGAAGAUAAGUUAGUAACGUGAUGUUGCUAUUGGUGGCGGUGUAGUUAUUGUCGUGCAACAAUACAUGGUCACAAUGGUGAUAAGUGUGCGAUGUGGUGAUUGUGAACGCGAUGUUGGUAUUGAUGGUGGUGGUGGUGACGUGCGAUGCAACACACAUACCAUUGCAACAUCAUGAUGCUGUUUAUGAAUGUGUGAUGUGAUGAUGUGCAUGAUGUUGGUAUUGAUUGAUCACGAUGAUGGUAGUGAUGAAUGUCAGACGUGAUGUGGAAUGUUGUUUGAUAAUGGUGUGGUGAUGAUUGUCAGAUGUGAUGACGAAACGUGAUGAUAGUAAGUCAUUCAUGAAUUAUUUAUCUGCAUGAAUGUUGAUAUUAAUGAUUUAAGUGAAAUUAUCAUUUUAAUUCAGACACGGUAAUGAUGUGUUGGUGCCGGUUUUGGUGAUGAAAUGUUGAAGAUGAUGGUCUUUUGAUGUUAACGAUGAUAACGGUGGUGGUAACGGUGAUGUGGUCGUAGUGGUGUUUGAAGAUGAUGGUGUCGAGGAUGUUGGUGUAUGAUGGUAAUAAUGAUAAUGGCCUGGUGCACGUGGUAGCGAAGAUGAUGACCUUGGUGAUGUUGUUGGAUGAUGGUCGUGGUGACGAUGAUGACAAUGAUGAUGGUGCACGUGGUGGUGGUGGUGGUGAUGAAGAUGCAGACGAUGAUAGUCUUAAUGAUAUUGACGGCUAACGGUGGUGAUGGAGAUGUUGAAGAGGAUGGUCUUAGUGACGACGACGAUGAUGGCGAUGGUGACGACGUCGAUGAUGAUGAUCCCAAAUCAGCUGUUCUAUUUGAGCAGCGCGCGCGUGCGCGAUAUUGCGGGCACGUGUGCUAGAUACUAUCGUCCAAUAUCAUGCGUAAUCGGCACAGUAUACACUCUAUACUGUAUUCGUCCAUUUCUCUCGCGCAUAUUACCUCCUCCUUUGCUGUAUUCCCUCUCACAUCGCUCACCGACAUCUCAGGCAGUCUAUCUCUUAACAUUGGCAUCUUAUUUCCUUUAAGAUAUCUCAUCAGCCGGCUGGCAUCUUGAACAAUUUCAGUGCGCGUACGGUGUUUGGUGGCGGCGGCGUGUCGGUCACAGUAUAUCUUCUUAACGUUUCCCUUCUAGUAUUUUAUACCAAGUCAUAGUCAAACAGCAUCAUUUUUAUUUUAUUUUUUACACGUGGUGCGUUUUUGUUAAGGUGUAGUAUUUGAGGGGGGAGUGGCGGUGCGGGGUGCUGAUUUGGUAUUUAUGGUCGAAUUUAAAUCACCGGACGGCGAUGGUUCAAGCCAAGAAUUAAAGUCAGCCGGUGAACCACAUGACGUGGAUGGGCACGAACUCGACAACCAAAUAAAAUGAAAGGCAUCUCAAGCAACGGAUCCCAGCCCAGCCUCAACUCAGCCCACCCGGGACUAAACCCCACCCACUCGGGCUUUAACUCCGCCCACUCGGUGUUCAACCACGCCCAUGCAGGCUUCAACCCCUCCCACCCAGGUCACAUGACCCUGGGCUCCACUCACUCAGGAAUGAAUCACUCCCACCCGGGCCUCUACGCAGGUCACAUGACCUUGGGUUCGGCCAACCAGGGGAUGGGCCUUGGCCACGGGAGUCUUCACUCGGCCCACUCGGGAAUGGGUGCCGUCCACCACCAAGGUCACAUGACCCUGGGCCCCACCCACUCGCUGGGCUCCGCCCACCAGGGCAUGAACCCGGGUGGUCACAUGACGCUCAGCGCAAGUCACUCGGCUCUGGGCUCGGCCCACCUGCCGCUGAACCCCGCCCACAUGCACGUGCGCCCGCAUCCGGCGGAAGGGCCGGACCUAGGGGAGGGAUAUGGCGCGGUGCGACAGCGCCACGUGCUGAUGCCCAUGGACUCUUUUCCCAUGGGACAGGAGCCGCGCGGCACAAUGAUGCGUCCCGUGGACGAGGCACUGGCGCGUCAGUACUACGGAAGACCGAGCGAGCGCGUGCCGAUGUACGACUGGCAGUACGGCUCACGGGGACCGGGCGGCGGUGGCAGCAUCAGUGGGCGCCCGCCCCUGACCCUUUGCCCCACCGAUACGGCCCCGCCAACCCCCGAGGACCGCAGCGAGAGUCCCAGUGGCCUGCGGCAGCUCGUGCACUCCAUGCAGCGCCUCUUCUUCGCCAAGUCGCACGCGGCGGCAGCGGCGGGGGCAGCCGACGGCGCCGCGCCCACGUCCGGCUCGUCGGGCUCGUCGUCCGGCCGAGGUUCGCGCCGCUCUCGCCGCCAGGAUGCAUCGAAAUCGCGCGAUGCCUCCUCGCGCGGCCAAGGCGGGGGGCAACCCCGCAGCCGCGAGACCUCGCGCCACCGUGACUCCUCCCGCAGCCGCGAAGAGCUCCACUCUCAGCAGCAGCUGCAGCAGCAGUCGUUGCCGCCGCAGCAGCAGCAGCAGCUGCAGCAGCAGCAGCCAGCGCUCCCUUCUUCCUGGGAGCAGCCGCCCACCAGGAGCCGCGACCCAUCCCGGCACCGCGAGUCGGCCCGGGCCGGGGAGCCGUGCCGCAGCCGCGAGCAGUCGAUUCAUCGCGAGCAGUCGCGAUCAGCGGCCGAGCAUCUCCUGUCCAGCAGCGGUGGUGGCGGCGGCAGCAGUGGGGGCAGCGGGGGAUGCUGGGAACCGCAUCCUGGCUGGGAGCAGACAGGCAGCGGCUGGGCAGAGCACGGCAUUGAGCAGCAGCAGCAACAGCAGCAAAGGAGACGCGAGCAUUCACUUGGGCGGCAGCCGAGUUGCAGCCGUGGGGAGCAGCAGCAGCAGCAUGCGGCGGCGGCAGCGGCACAAGCCCCAUCGGCCGCGAGCGAGCGCACCCGCAGACGCAGCCGCAGCCGGGACUGGAGGCCCGAGGCGCGGGGCGGAGGAGGGAGGGUGAUCGCAGGAGGGUGGAGCUCGGAUGACAACCUGGACAGCGAUGGGAGCUUUGGACCUGGUGGCAAGAUGGCCAUCGGGGGGGCAGCCGUGGUGGGGCCUGUGCCGCAUGCGAGGGCAGUGCGCGGGCGUAGUUACCCACCGGCCCUUGCGCCCAGCGACCCCUGGGCUUACUACAACUCGGAAGGGAGGUCUGAGUACCCGCCGCGACACCAAUACCUCCAGGUCCCGCACGAUGACGCCCCGCCGCGGUGCUGCGCUCCCUCCCACCCGGAAACCGUCGCCCCCAUCCCGUGCCGCCGGAUGCGCAGUGGCAGCUACAUGAUGGCGAUGGAGGGCGACCCUCCCCACCAUCACCACCAUCAACAUCAUCACCACCAGCAGCAGCAGCAGCAACAGCAGCGGCAGCAGCGGGGGGGUGCCUCAUUCUCUAGCGCCGCGCCACCGCCGCACCACCAGCACCACAACCACCAGCAGCUGCACAGAGUGGGCAGCCGGAGUAGCGGUGGUGGCAGUGGUGGUGGUGGUGCAUCGGAGGUGCCACCGCACCACCGCCGCUCCUCGUUGAGGCGGCCUCCAUCAAUGGGCUGUCCCCGGCUGCUCAAGGAGGCGAGCUUGAACCGGAGUCUGGACAGCCUGGACCAGGUGGGGAUCUCCACGGCGCAGGACGGGCACUCGCACAGCAAGGGAAACACCUGGGGCCAGCACAGCCAACUGAGCCGGCACGGUCAGAGCCGAGAGCUGGCCGUGCCUGGAGCCGGUCAGGGCCUAGGUCCCAGGGGCUCGCAGGCGAUGGAGGCGCUGGACCUGCCUCGCUGCAUGCGCACCCGGCGCCACAGCUAUCUCUUCGCCAUCCAGGCCGGCUGCGAAGACGGCGAGGAAGGCGCGGCAGCGGCGGCGGCGGCAGCAACGGGCCCAUCGGGAAAAAUUGGGGGCAGCGCGUCCAAGUCGCCCGCUCCGAUGGCCACGUACGCCACCGUGUGCCGCAAGUCUCUCCCUCCACUCCCGCUGAAGUCAUCGCACCGCUCAUUUGCCGCCAAGGCGUCCACGUCCGUGUCGACGCAGAGCAGCACCGAGUCGACGCAGGAUGACGCGCCCCGGACUUCCAAGGGCGGCGGCGCCAAGGGCGGCGGCUCGGGGGCCGCCGUGGCAGCCUCGACGUCGUCCGCGGCAGCAGCAACAGCAGGAGGUGGCCCUCUUGCGCAACCUCCUACGACCCCCGCGGCUCCACCACCCUCCGAGCGUGGGCAGCAGCAGGGCGGCAGCAGCGGAGGCGGUGGCGGCGGAGGAGGAGGAAGCAGCGGAGGGUCAGGAGGAGGCCCCAUCUCGGGCGGGCCACCCGAGCGAAGGCACAGCCAGCGCCGCGCCUCGGAGAAGUCGCGCGACAGGGAGCGCUGGCCGUCGGGCGGCGCCGCCGCCGCCGCCGCCACCGCCGCCGCCGCCGUCGCCGGCACCGUGAAGCUGUCGGCAAAGAGCCCGGCGGCUGACGGGAGCUCGUGGGAGUUGAGCGACUCUCUGGACAGCCUCGACAGCGCCCGGGCCAUGGCUGCUAGCGCUGCUGACGGAGUGGCGGCCGCCUCUGCCGCUGCUGGUGGUGGUGGUGGAGUUUCUGCAACGAAUGCAGCUGGCGCCGCCAAUGUUGGAGCUAUCGGUGCUCCUGCUGCGGGCGCUGCUGGCGUUGCUGGUGGUGCUGGAACAGGAGUUGGAGUCGGGAGCGGUGGUGGCGGCGGUAGUUCGAGCGGCCCGUCGAGCGGCACAGAGGGCAGGGCGAGGAGCCGCGGACACGCGGGGAGCGUCGCGUCGGAGGAUUCGGCCAUGACGGAGGUGUCGCAGAGGAGCGAGCGUCUCUCCGUGGGUGUGCAGGUGGACACGCCGGACAGCGUGGAGGAAGAAGUCUGCACCCCGGUUCCGUCUCCCGUUGGGAGGUACCAGUCCAUUGGUGUGCAGGUGGAGGAGGACCGGAGAUGCGGGCGCAACACUCGCUCCAACAGCGUGGCGACGAGCGUGCAGGCCGACCUGGAGGUGGAGGAGAUCUCCAGACGCAUCCUGGGCAGCUCUCGUAGCCCCGGGGGGCCCGGCUUUCCCGAGCGGCCCUCGUCCUCGUCGUCGGCAAACACGACCGGCGGCACCGGCAACAGCCCGCACCGCAGCUCCCACCGCUCACGCCACGCGGCCAGCCCUCGCUACCGCCAGCACCCACGGGAGGGACGGCAGUGCCACUCUCGCAGCGUGCAGACCCAGACGCACAAGCACGCGCAGGGGACCACUCGGGCCCCGUCCCCAAGCCCUGCGGUGUCCCCGGGGCCCUGGGCCUCGCGUAGUCGCAGCCCCCUUCUCUCCGCGGCCCCGGCCGGGGGAAUCCCCAUCGCUGGGGUCCCCUCCCCUGGCGCGUCGACGGCCGGUACCUCCGCGGCCAGGGACGCCCACUGGUAUCUGGUGCGACUGCGGUCCGAGGGCCAGCGGCUCGACGCGCUGUGCCGCCACGCAGAGGACCUGGCGGAGGACACGGACGUGCCGGAGGAAGCGCUGGGCGUGAUCCGCAGCGCCGUGGGCUCCACUCGACUGUUGCUCUCCCAGAAGUGGCAGCAGUUCCAGAGGCUUUGUCAGGACAACCUGGACCCAUCAACGGAGCUGCGCCCCACUGAUGAGGACCUGGCCGGCUUCUGGGAGCUGCUGCAGAUCCCAUUGAGGGAUGUGCAACGCCGCUUUGAACAAGUUGAACGUCUGCGAGCGCGUGGCUGGGUCGGCAGCAGCAGCACUCCCUCCCCAGAGGAGCGGAACACACCCGUGCCGUCAUCUGUGUCGCAAACUCCAACCCCUCAGUUGAUGGCACCGCCGCUGCCACCCCCGUCACCGCGGCCCCAGCCCAGGCCCCGUACCAGCAUCGCGCAGCAGACGUCCAUCGAGACAGCGGAGCCACGAGCCCGCUCGCCCGCCGCGCCCAAGCGGCCAAUGGCGUAUCGGCAGCGCUCGGCAACGGAGAGCAACGAGAGCCUCGACGUGUACCUGCCAGAAGCCCAGACCAGGCUGUAGUGUGCUGGGCCCGCUGAGGCCUUGUCUAGGCUGUAGUUCACAAGAUGUGAGACUCUGGAUUGUUUAUGGUGUAGUGAACCAGGCAAAAGGCAAGGUUUGUGGAAAUGGGUUGUUUAGGCUGUAGUGCACUUGGCCCAAGUCACAGAGCACUAUGCUGCAGUGUGAUAGAUGUGAGGCUAAGGCUGUGGCUAUGAGGCUGUACAGUAUGCUACACCUGAGGCCCAGUCCAGGCUUUAAUGUGCUUGAUGUGAGGUUCUGGGUUAUUUAUGCUGUAGUGCACCAGGCCAAUGGCUCAGUACAUGAAGAUCAUGCCAUUGUGUAACGAGUUUUUAGGCCCAGGUCCAUUGAGCCCAGGUCCAUUGAGCCCAGGUUAAAAUUUUGCUAGCAUGCUAGGCCUGACGUUGAAACUUGGCUGUAGCCUGCAUCAUGCCUGACAGCCAAAGGACUAUGACUCCAGGAUUUAGUCCGCAAGAUAUGCCCGAGCCUCAGUCAAUUCAGACACUAAGCCUAAGCUUAUUGAUGUCCCAGUCAGGGUUUUAAUGCCCUGACUUGUCAAAAAGUUUAUUGCAUCAGAUAUCUUUAGGCCGCUUGUCCUGAAAUAAUGUGAGUACAUAUUUUUUAGGAAUGGCACUAUGACACCUAGCUGGCUAAACCAGUUCUUGCAAAGGUAUUCCAGGAUUUAAUCAUGUGCUUGAUUUUCACUUUGAUAAACCAACAGAAAACAACAUCGGUGUCUGACGUGCGUGUUGUAAACAAUGUAAUUUCGCACGGCACUUAUGAAAUGCAGAAACAAACGUUAAAAGAUCGGUCAAAGAAUGCUUUAUUUAUGUUUUUGCUAUAGAGCCAAAUCUGGUAGCGGAAUUGUCAUUGUGGAUGGGUGCAUCAAAUGCUGCUUAGCACCACGUUGACACAAAUUAAACAUUUCCAAUUUGGCGGUGACCUAAGAGCCGUGAGUCUCUUUUCGUGCCCAUUCCAUUGCCUAAACGCCUGUCUCCUGCAGCUUAUAUUUUGAAUACACAAAAUGGCUCCUCUUUACUCAGCCUUAGGGCUGCUUGCUUGAUUGUCUUUUUUUUUGUGCGCACAACUUAGAAAUCAACGAAUUUCUUCUUGUGACAAAGAUUGCGCAGGCCUUUUUUGAGAUUGUUGCAUUCUGCCAAUCAGUCCGAAGGUUCAGUUGUGGAGUUAGUUGUCUCUGAUUUGGCUUUCACUUUAGUAAAAUCGGUUUAAGGUUGUUGAGGUGGCCGGGUGGUUUUGGUGGUUCAUACCAUCAAUGUUUGAGCUCCAAGCCAGCACUGCUGAGAGCCUUCAUUAGAAUCUAGGCAGUUGCCUGAGAUUGCGCCAGUUUCUUCAACGAGCGUUUUUUUUUUGGUCUCAGCCUGGCCACCAAUGACUACGCAAAAAAAACUUGUUUCAUACAAUUGCUCGUUCACUUUAUUUGGUAUGGUCCAGUCCUGGAGGGCUCAAAUAUAUAUAGUGGACACGUGGUGAGCCGCUCUCCAGAAAGCGUGAAGGAGUGCCCUCCAGUGGUUACAGCGAAGAUGGUGGCCCAUCGAAGAGUCGUCCGCCUAUUGAAAGAGAUUAUGUGGUGUCUCAUCUGGGGUCCGGGUCACAACCACGUUGAAGGAUAAUCCCGCUGUGUCCGUACGAGUCUCUGGAAUGCGCACGUCUUUUCCAACCCCCCCUCUCCCCCCCCGUGUCACAGACAGCUCGACUGGCACAUUGGGUUGCGAUAAAGUGAUCACGCUCUUGUACAGGAUGCUUGCUACAAGUGGGAAACUCCUUUGAGCCAAUCAAAACCUGGACAUGGAGACUGCCUUGUAUUUUACACCUUUCGUCCUCGUUGUACAGCAUCUACCAUAUGUCUACCUCUGCUCUGUAGCCGACAUCUCUUAAUAUCUCUCUGCCGCGUAUAUUUAACAUCUUUGCCUUGUGUCUUACAUAUCUUUCUGCCUUGCCAACGAUGCUCUCUCCCAGUUUAGUUUUAAGUCCGUGUUUUCCCUAUAUUGAUUUAUUUUAUUAUGAAUCGACAACUAAUCCAAUUUGACUUCAAGUCUGUCACUCGUAAAACCAUGCAUGGCUCUCAUUGAUUUUACUGCCAUCCGCAUUAAAAGGUAAAAAAAAAACUCAAAAGAAAAAAUAUUGUGUUGCACGUGUUUAUGAUCCUGUUGAAUUAGUAUGUUUUCCACAUAAGCGUGACUCGAUCGCAUACUGUUAAACCAUUUUCGGUAUGCACAUGUAUGCUACACGUGCAUCAUAUGUUUGGCAUGCCUUACAUCGGGAGUGUUAAUUAACUUAAUCGAAGUUAGGUUUUGAAAGAUUUGAUCAAAUUUUUUAUAGAUAUUGUCUCACAAAUUUAAAUCUCGCGUCCAAAUGUUUGAUAAUAUUUGUCAUGUCAUUUUUUGAUGUUCGUUUUCGUGCUUUGAAGGUGUUUUAUUUGUACUUCUUUUCAACGCCUCGUUUCUUUUCUCGUCCUGUUUUUGUUUCUCAGACAAAGCUAAAGGAAUCGCGCUGUCCCAGCACUAUAAAUUUCAAAGACCCCCACGGGAUUGUCGCGCACGUCGGAGGUGCGGGGGGAAGGACAACAAAACUAAACGCAAAAAGCAGUUCUAAAACUCAUUUCUCGAGAACUGCUUUUCGUGUUUAGAUUGGUGUUCUCCCCCCCCCCACUCCCACCGCCGAUUCGUACGGUUGGCUACGUACGGUGCGAAAGAAGUUCGACAUACAUACAUGUCACGUGGACACUGCGCACAGACUCGUGCCGUUUUCCAAACGGAAUCGUUUUAAUUGAAUCGUCUUUUUGUAUCCGCAGAGGGGGGCGGUGGGGACGGUGGUGGCCGUGGUCAACCUGGCCGAGCGGUUGGCAUAGCUCGCUGCUUGGGGGCCGUCCAUAAAUGACGUCACGCACCUAGGGAGGUGGGGGGGUCAGACAUUUG